AUGAAUCAAUUCAAGUUGAUCCCUAUUAAUCUUCUAAAUAUACGUCGCAAAUUUCAUGUUAGUGUGGGCUUUGGGUAUGAACAGAAAUCUGAUGAUUACAAGGUCAUCAGGAUUCUAAACUUUUAUAGAUGUAGACCAGCUAGGACUAUGGUUGAGGUUUACUCGACCAAAUUGGAAUCUUGGAGAGAAGUGAACACUAAUGUUUGCUUAAAUAAUAUGACUACCUCCAACUGUGAUGCAAUUGUUGAAGGGUUUACAUACUGGGUUAUUAGAAAUAGGAAAGAAUCUAUUACAACAGUCCUUGCCUCGUUUGAUUUGAGGAAUGAGAGGUUCUGCAUAAUUCCAGUACCACAAGUGUUGGCAACCAAAUCUCAUAAUUUUAGGGCGAUAAAUUAUCUUGGCUCACUUGCAUUGCUUGCACAAUCCUCACCCGAUGGGUUCAACAAGUGUCUUGAUAUUUGGGUGAUCGAAGGUCCAAGUAAUUGUGAAGAGAGUGUAUGGAAAAAGAAAUUCACCUUUGGCAUGGAUUUUAGUUUUUCUACACAUUGGGGUUUUACUAAUGGAGAUGUAGUAGUUCAAAAUGCUCCAAACAAGCCAUUUUUGUUCAAUCUGAGAACAAAACAAUUGAGGAUAAUUGGAACAGAUGUUAUUCAAUCAGUUUUCUCCUAUACUGAGAGUCUUGUAUCGAUUAAAGGCUUCAAUCCUGUUCCCCAACAAUGA